GUCUACAUAGGGAAGACGUCUUUCGCUGACGACCAAAGCCGAGCGGCCCAAACACCGCCUGCCUGGUGCUCGUCAUUGGAUGGACUCAAGCAAACUGCUCGAGUACGAUUUGUCGCUCGCGGGGUGUAUCCAAGCGUGCUUAGCGAGCUAGAAACAUGCUGCCCCGACAUUGUGCACCUGUUCUCCGCCGUGUGCCAAUUUCGAGACGCUAUCCUCCAGCGGGGCCCAUUUGCAGUAGGGAGCAUCGGGCGAUGCUGUGCAGUCUCAGCGGCGGAUCAUCGCCGACGCAGCCACAACCCUCAUCGCGUCUGAUCUCACUUCUUGCCUUGACGCCUCCGCCCGCGCAUGACACUUCCUUUCACUCUUACUAGCGCGAGUCUGCAUUCUUACACCCAAGUGUCCUUGAAUCCGAUCUCAUUUCUCGAUUAGCGCCCCGCGCGCGCAGAGCGCAUCCUCUCACCAUAUCAAAGCAUCCAGCGCUUUCCUAGGCUUACCAAUGCUGCUUUACAUCCCAAACCCUCAUCGGCGAUGAUUGCUGACAAAGCCACGAGACGCCACACAUGCGCAUCCGGCUUGACCUGCCACAUGUCGAAGAGAUGCGUCAGAAACAGCUUCGCAUGCGGCGGCGGCGACCGGCCACAUUCUCCUCCCCACCUUCGUUCUUGUAUCAGUGUGGCUCGCCACUGCAUUUGAACCCUACCCAUGUGUCGUCGCUGGCAACACACUUUCAGCAGCAGCAACAACAUCAGUGGGCUGGCGGGAGAGCAUUUCAGUCAGCGUCAGACCGCGGGGCUGCGCGAUGUUUGGGCUGGCGGCGGACAAUCUCAGGUUGCCAGACCAUGGGGAGCUAUACCAGUCGAAGAUCGGGUCGCCGAGGAGGAGCAUAAUCAGGCUCCGGUCGAACUGCUGGCUCUGCCGGGGCGCAUGCCCAUCACUUUCGGGAUGGGCCCUCAGCAAAUCGUGCAAGUCGACAACGCCGGUCACGGGAACGUUACGGAAACACGAAUCCAUGUGCUCGUUGCCUGCGGAGACGAUGAGCCUCGCAGAUGCCGCUGCUUGGCUGAGAUGACGAGUGAUUGUGCGCAAGAUUCGCACUAGCACGGUCAUGUUGGACAGGACUUCUCUCAUUCGUUCAGAUCCAGAGGGCGCGGGCUGGACUGAGCACCGGCGGGAUAGAAGGAUUAGGGGAUCGGGCUUCUCGGGCCGGACACAGCUCGAGAAAGAACGGCAUGGGACGAUGUGGUUUCGUAGGACGUCGACUGGCAGAUUUUGGGAAGAGUGGGCAAUUCCGCGUCAGCUCUGAACGAGCCAUGCACCUGCAGUUGCAGUCCAUCUUGAGAAUGCUGUCCAGCUCCUGCAUAGCCGCCGAUUGAGCACAGAUGGCUGCUCUCUCAGCGAGAUUGGCCCGCCGGUCCCAUGCCUGUAUCGGUGUCAUUCGGGUCAGAAAGCCGAUCGACAGUCGUCUGGAUCAUC